AUGAGAGGCGGCGCUAGUGGAAACAGCGUUCUGGAGACUAUAAACGCAGCUGCUACUGCUUUUGCUUCAUCUGAUGAUCGUGUUCAUCAAGCUUCUCCGAUUCGAAAGAAGCGAAAAUGGUGGAGUCGCUGGAGUAUCUUCGUAUGUUUCAGACAGAGAAAACGAAUCGGAAAAGCUUCUCUUGCUCCUGAACCGGAGGAACAAAUGUCAAUAACCGGUUCAACAUCCAGUUCCGGUUAUCGUUCGGUUAUGACUGCUCUUCCUUUCAUAGCUCCUCCGUCGUCACCGGCUUCGUUUUUCCAAUCAGAACCUCCUUCCGCAACACAGUCGCCUGUAGGGAUCCUCUCCUUUAGUCCAUUGCCUUGCAGCAACCGUCCUUCGAUAUUCGCCAUUGGACCUUACGCUCACGAAACCCAACUGGUUUCUCCUCCGGUUUUCUCCACUUACACCACCGAACCGUCUUCAGCUCCGAUCACACCUCCUCUCGAUGAAUCCAUCUACUUAACCACCACAACACCUUCUUCACCAGAAGUCCCUUUCGCUCAGCUCUUUAACUCCAACUUACAGAACAGCAACAAUAGGUUUCAGUUGUCUAACUAUGAGUUUCAGUUCUACCAACUUCCUCCUGGUAGUCCACUUGGUCAGCUAAUCUCACCGAGCUCGGUUGUAUCCGGUUCCGGUCAAACUUCUCCUUUUCCCGACGGAGAAACCGCCCGGUUCACUCACUUUGAAGUCUCUGAUCCUCCAAAGCUAUUGAGCCCUGAGAAACUUCUUUCCUCCAAGAGUGUUACAACUCCUACAGAGCAGAAGAUUGUGAGACAGCCGCAUAAACCGGUCUCGUUCGACCUUGAUGCGGAUCAUGUCAUCAGAUGCGUGGAUCAGAAGCUGAGAACAACGUUCCCUGAAGCAUCCGCGUCGUCUGAUCAAGAAGCGAUGGAUGAUUCUUCUCUUGGAUCGAAUAAGGAAUUCAAUUUCGGCACGGAUGAGAAACAUCUGACCGUUGACGAACAUAGAGCUUCGAGCAAGAACAGCAACAACGACUGGUCCUUCUUCCCUGUGAUGCAAUCUGGUACGCUUAGCUAA